CUUUCACACGAAGCUACUGUGUUGAAGAAUUUUCUAAUAGUACAGUAAUUUCUGCUGCAUCGAGGAUGGGCGUGAUUGAAAAAAGUGUUCUGAUAUAACAGCGGGAUUAGUAAAACCCUUGCAUUUCUUGGAGUUAGUGUUUGCAAAAAAAAAUAAUCAUGGACAUUGGAAUCCUAAACCAGCAAUAUCUGGGCAUAAAGUGAACUCGACACGGUGAAGUAAAACUAUGUAGAGUUAUGCUCUCUCCACUCUUCUCUGAGAAAAGAGAUGAUCCAGAAAACCGGAAAUGUGAGUUUGGUGUGUUGCAUUUGUAGUAGUGAGUUGGAUUCGAAUAUGCUGCGAUACUAGAUGAAGAGAGCAUAAAAUACCAUAAAAAUAUAAGAGAAAGCAGCAUAAAACAAAAUACGUGUGCGUGCGGUGAACAGUGUAUGUGAAAGGAUCUCGUGAGAUUCUCUCGUGGUUUCCGUGUUUGGAUAGAAAGAUCGGUUUUCAUUCGGCAUCUGCGUCUGAGCAGAACACACUUCGCCAUCAUCGGAGGAAUUUUGUUCCACGUAGAACAUACUUUAACUUCCAUACGAACCUGAGCAGAAUAAACUUCCAUACGCAAUUUACGGUUCUUGUGUGCGUGUUAGUUGUUAGUGUUGGGCACAAAACAAGCAAGGAUCGUGGAAGCAAUAUCAAUUAAUGUGUCGAGCAGGAAAAUGUGACGAGAUUUUCAAAUCAGUGCUAUUUAUUUGGAAACAUGUUGUGAAACCAUUCAUAGCUUGAAGGCCGCCUACAGCCUUUGAGCAACUGUUGAAGAUGUGAACAUAGUUACCAACACCAACUUUGCAUCGUGCUAGUGUCUUAAAUUAAAAUAUCUGUGUUUAAUCUUCAUGAUUUCUGUAUGCAUUUCGUUGGUUAUCAUGCUGGAGAAAAAGCAGACAACAGUGAGUGUUUUGUGAAAAAUGAGCACAACCAAAACCUACAGCGCGAAGCACACGGUACACGAAAAAUGUGUCUCUUGAGUCUGGUUGUGCAGAAAUGCUCAUGAUAGUAAAACAGUGUAUACAUGUUCAAAUCAGUGGGUGACCGAUUUAGUCAUCGUUUUGUAUGACGUGCAAACCGCAACAUGACCACUGUGCUGCUCCUGCCGGUAUUACUCGUGCUGGUUUGCGUGCAGGUCAAUUACAGCCUGCAGUAUGAUUCGGUUGACUCGCAAUACUACUAUCCGGCAGGGCCGGAAGAGCCGGGAAAUCCGGUGCGGUAUGAUUCUCCGGAUGACUGCAAGUACCGUGUGCUGCCCGGAAAUGAGAUCGAUUUGGUGUGUAACUUGCGUACAGUGAACAGUGAGCUUGACCAUACUAACUUCACGGUGAUACAAUCGGAGCGGUUAGCCGCUUUAUCGAUUUAUUGCAACGAUGCAAUUCAAGUCCGCAGCAAACUUCAAUCCAAAUGCUUUCAUCACCUGGGACGACUCAAACGUCUUUCUGUUGAGUAUUGUAAGAUUGCCAAAUUUUCGAGGGAAGUGUUAAGCGGAUUAAGUGAACUACGCAACUUUACCAUUCGAACGCACAACAUCAACUGGCCCGAGCUCAACUUAGACAUCGAAUCAGAUGCAUUCGCGGAAUCGCGAAACCUGGAGAUGCUUGACUUAAGCAUGAAUAACAUCUGGUCUCUACCGCAACAUCUAUUCUGCUCGCUGAAUGGGCUCCGCUCAUUAAACAUUAGCUUCAACCGACUGCAAGACAUCAAUGACUUGGGCUUUCGAGAGCUUAACGAGGGAAAGGAUGGAAAGGAGAACAUAUCCGUAUCGACCGCACUGCCACUUAGUUGCUCUCUCGAUCUUGAGGAAUUGGAUGUGUCAAGAAACCACUUUGUGCUUUUACCACCAGCCGGCUUCGGAAUGCUCAAGCGUUUAAAAGUGCUAAGGAUCCAUGACAACGAAAUUUCGAUGGUGGCUGAGAAGGCACUGAAAGGAUUGAAGGAUUUGGUAGUGGUGGAUAUGAGCUCGAACAAAAUUGUGGCAUUGCCAACAGACCUAUUUAAAGAUCAGACGCAAACGGUACAAGAGGUUUACUUGCAGAAUAACUCCAUCAGUGUACUCUCUCCCGGGUUAUUCACAAAGCUCGAGCAGCUGCAAGCACUUGAUCUAUCAAUGAACCAACUUACAUCGGCUUGGGUUAAUCGCGGCACGUUUGCUGGUCUGAUUCGAUUGGUUCUCCUCAACCUGGCAAGCAACAGAAUUACAAAACUGGAGUCGGAGAUCUUUUCUGACCUGUACACACUCCAAAUAUUAAAUCUACGAUACAACCAGCUAGAAAUCAUCUCGGCCGACACGUUCUCGCCAAUGAAUAAUCUACAUACACUAUUAUUAUCAUACAAUAAAAUCAAGUAUCUAGACGCUUAUUCAUUAAAUGGACUGUACGCGCUGUCGCUUUUAUCUUUGGAUAAUAACGCCCUUACUGGUAUACACCCGGAAGCAUUCCGUAACUGCAGUUCGCUACAAGAUCUGAAUCUGAACGGCAAUGAGUUGACACAAGUUCCGCUUGCUCUGAAGGACAUGCGUUUGCUGCGUACUGUCGAUCUCGGUGAGAACGCCAUAACCAUUCUAGAAGAGCCAGGAUUUCGUGGCAUGAAUAAUCUGUAUGGAUUGCGAUUGAUCAGCAACAACAUAGAAAAUAUCACGCAAAAAGCAUUCAAGGAUCUACCAAGUUUACAAAUUUUGAACAUUGCUCGGAACCGAAUUUCCUACAUCGAGAGAGGUGCUUUCGAGCUAUGCACCAGCGUACAAGCCGUUCGGCUAGAUGGAAAUCUACUAACUGACAUUGACGGAUUAUUUAGCAGCAUGCCGAGCUUGGUGUGGCUCAACAUUUCUGAUAACCGGCUCGAGCAUUUCGAUUAUUCGCAAAUACCGGUACAUCUCCAGUGGCUUGAUAUGCAUAAAAAUUUCCUUUCUGAGUUGACUAAUCGUUACGGGUUGGAUUUUAAAUUGCACCUACAAACGCUGGAUGUGAGCCACAAUCGGCUGACAAGAGUUUCCGCUGCCACUAUUCCGAAUAGAAUUGAGUUUUUGUUUAUGAACGAUAAUUUUAUAGCGUAUGUGGAGCCACACUGUUUCAUGCACAAAACAAAUCUCUCGAGAGUAGAUCUGUACGCAAAUCAGCUUACCAGCCUCGACGUAAAAGCAUUACGGCUGCAGCCCAUACCGGAAGAUAAGCAAAUUCCGGAGUUCUACAUCGGAGGAAACCCUUUUAUUUGCGAUUGCAAUAUCGAUUGGCUGCAAAAAAUUAAUCUUGUCACUUCGCGCCAGUAUCCGACCAUCAACGAUAUCGAAACGGUGUACUGCAAGCUAAUGUACGAUCGAGAACGUUCAUACGUGGCUUUGAUAGAAGCCGAACCGAAACAUUUUCUCUGCAGCUACAGCACGCAUUGUUUCGCACUCUGCCACUGUUGCGAGUUUGACGCCUGUGACUGCGAGAUGACCUGCCCGAAUAACUGCCAUUGCUAUCACGACAACAGCUGGUCCACAAACAUUGUCGAGUGUUCAGUGGCAGGCUACACCGAUAUCCCUACCAACAUACCAAUGGACACAACCGAGGUUUACCUUGAUGGCAAUAACCUGGUAGAACUGUCGGGUCAUAGUUUUAUCGGGCGUAAAAAUUUACGUGUGCUGUACGGAAAUCAUUCAAAUAUCGAAGUAAUCCAUAACACAACGUUUAUAGGGCUCCGUCGGCUCCUUAGUCUCCACCUGGAAUACAACGCGAUACAGAAGCUCUAUGGAUUCGAAUUUGCUGCUCUCGAGAGUUUGCGCGAGCUGUACCUACAUGGUAACAAGAUAGCGUACAUAGAGGAUUAUACAUUUCGCGAGUUACGUAAGCUAGAAGUGCUCCGUUUGGACGGUAACCGUAUUACUAGUUUUGAAGUGUGGCAACUAUCCGCUAACCCGUACCUAGUCGGAAUCGCACUGGCCAACAACCAAUGGACGUGUGAUUGUGGAUUCUUGAACAAAUUGCGUGUAUAUCUACAAGCAAAUGUAGACAAAAUUGUAGAUGCCAAUGAGAUUUCGUGUGUUUACAAUAAUCUAACCAGCAUCCUAAAGGAGAAGAAUGGUACCAAGUGUACGUUUCGCGAAGGCAUGUCCUCAAUAGUGCACACGCAAGAGAUUGAAGAUAUGCUACCAUUGCUGUUAGUAGCUACUUGUGCUUUCGUCGGGUUUUUUGCACUCAUCUUUGGCAUUUUCUGCUACCGAAAAGAGUUGAAGGUGUUAGUUCAAUCUAGCUGCAUCGGUGCACUUUGCUACAAGUCUAGCACAUUUACGAACGAAAAUGAUAAGGAACGGCUGUAUGACGCAUACAUCACCUAUUCCCUGCAGGACGAGCAUUUUGUCAGUCAAAUCCUUACGGCCACGCUGGAAAACGACGUUGGCUUCCGAUUAUGUCUGCACUAUCGAGACCUAACUACUAACAAUUACCUAGCAGAUACGAUCGUGGAAGCGGUUGAAAGCUCGAAACGUGCCGUUCUAGUACUUUCCAAAAAUUUCCUCUACAAUGAGUGGACACGAUUCGAGUUCAAAGGUGCCAUCCACGAGGUGUUGAAGCGUCGUCGAAAACUGAUCAUCAUUCUGUAUGGUGAUUUGCCACAACGAGAUCUCGAUGCCGAUAUGCGUAUGUACCUGCGCACGAACACGUGCAUAGAAUGGGACGACAAAAAGUUUUGGCAGAAACUGCGCAUAGCAUUACCGCACGUGAAGAAGAGUAGCUGCCUCAACAAACGACCAGCAAUAAAUAUCUAUGCAACCGCCAAUGAGUACAACACUACCGGACGGCAACGUCUCCCUCAGGGUUGUCCGCCUGGCACUGCUGGUACGUUGACUCCUGUGAAUAUGGGACUCCCUGUCCCGAUCAACCGACUAGAGCAACAUAGCUACGCCACGAUCGGCAAAUGUCCGCCAAACUGUGAUAACUAUAAUAUGAUUAGUAACUGUAAAUAUAACACCACUCAGCAUCUCCAGCAAUCUGCGAACCAGCCCGAGCAGCGGAUAAACGAACUAGGGCGGAAAGCGACCGAACGGCAGCACGAAUAUGCUGUCCCCUCGAACUGUCUCGUAGAUUCAUCGCACGAGGCAUACAACGUGGGUGACGAAUGUAUCGCGGGUGAAACAUAUGAGAGCACAUCCAGCUCCAAGUACUCUACUUCCUCUCCGGGCUCUAGUGAUGGUAGCCAUUCUAUCUCCUCCACAUGCGACAUCACCGGUGGCUCACUCGGCCAAUCUCCGCUGGGUGCAUGCCCUUCUAAUCCACCACCCCAACCAACCAACAAGUAUUCCAACAGUCAUCAACAUCAUGCUCGUCACAGCAGCAGUCGAAAACAAGCCAACCCCGAACAAGGAAGUGGAUCGAUAAAGGGUACCCUCGAUGCGAACAAGUCGGGCACUAACAAUUUCAAUGAUAGAAGACUGCCACAGGCCAUGUGGGCAUAACGAUUAUUAAAAAACCUAAGGUUAGCUAAUUAUUAUUAUCGUUAAACGGAUGAAACUUUAUCUUAAGUACCUCGCCGUUGAAGGUUAAGAUUACAGAUAUUUUGAGAGGCAUGAGUGAGAACAUUGUAAGAAUGCGAGUGAAAUCCUAGCGGUUUAGGAAUUGUUGGGUGUAUUCGAGGAUCAUUUCUGUUACCGGUUUUUCGUCCAUUUCUUGCUGGGCAGCAAGCAAAGAAAACGACAACGUGUGUAGAUCUUAAAAGAAAUUAACGCCACUCGCAGCAGUUGUAACAUUCCUGAACAAAAAGCAAUGGUAGCUACAUGCAUGAAAAGGAAUUAAACCAAACCUACAAAGAAAUGCAAACAUUCUCCAAACCGAGUGAUAUGAUAUAGAACGGGACGGCUGCGAAACGACCAGAUUGGUACGACAAAUAGUCGUUCAUGCAGUGCCUUGCGGGAGAGUUAAUGACAAAAGAGAAAUGUACUCAGUCAAGGAUACCAAAACCAUCUGAUUUCGAGAAAACAUUGAAUUCCAACCCCCCUCCGAGUACAACUUCUUUCGACGUUGUACAGGAAGGAACUUACAUGGAACUGUUACAUGGAAUCGCAGGCCAAUGACAUACUCCGUCAGAAUCAAAAUAAAAUUAAAAUAGAUCCAUAAUUCUAGUCAUACUGAAAUAUAAUUCAAUUUCAGUUUUGAGGGCCAAUUAAAUUAUUUAUUAAUUCGAGUAAAAGAAACGUCGUCAUACUGAAUUUGAUUUUACAUGCUUUACCAAGUGCGAAAGGAUGAGCAUUGAGCUAAAAUGAAAGCCACAAUAAUACGAAAAUAUUAAAUGUAAAUAGUGUAUUCUAACCUUCGAUAACAGAUUUGGGAGCACUUAACCCAUAAUAUACAAAAAGGUACACGUCGGCUUUAUUACUAGGUCGAUAAAACAACUAGCCAAAAGUGAUUCUAUCUUCCUAAAAAAUGAUGAGUAUGUUCAGUUGGCAGACAUUGAAUUGAGAUCUCUUAGAAUGAAACUUCAAUCUGAUUUUAGGUUCAUUAAAUUGUUUAAUCUACAUGAUUAAAUUUGCCAUCUUCCGUGAUAGAUAUGAUUUUUUAAUUGAGCUCAUAAUUUAUGUUUUAAGAAAACAAAUCUCGAUCGGAAAAAUCUCUGUUUGGUUGAUUGUAGCAUAUGAUAUGAAGGCAAGCACAGUUGAAUAUCAGAAUGCAAUCGUAAUGAAAUAUUUUGAGUUAGUAUUUCCGUCAGACAACGCAAUUAUUUAUAAUUAUUGGCUAGUGAUCUCGAUAUGAUGCAAUCAAUGCAACAUAGUGUAAAUUAGAAAAUCACAGGACAGAAUAUCCAUGCAUAAAGCUCAUAACAUCGAUUAAUAGUCGCAUUACGAGUGUCUAAGAAGAAGAAUAUGUUUCAGAAGAUUUGACAUUGUUUCCUUUUUUGAAUAACAAUCAUUCAGAGGUAUCGCCACCAAAACUUGGCCCCUGCAUGUUUCAUUAUCUAAAUCCGCACUAUAGACAACCCUAACACAACCAUAGCAUUUACACUCUCUCUCAAUAAAGCCAACGAAUUAAUACAGCAGUGUAUAAGGUCAAUGAUAGAAAUAUUCUAUUGAUCUGGUUAAAUGUUGAUUCCAGAGAGUAGCGAUACUUGAUGAACAAGAACUUAAGGAUAAACUAACGAAACUUGUUCCUGUGCUGCAAAUGUAUUGAGUGCUUAAUUAUCUUGUGAUUGUUAAGCAAAUUACCAGCCACAAAGUUUCAAUCCUAAAACUACAAUACAUAAAUACAUAAAUAGCUUUCUAUCAGUUCGGAGCAUACUACAACAAUUUGUACGAAAUGAGAACAAAUGAAAAGAAAUUAACGACUGGUUGCACAGAAUACCAGACAGAAUUUAUCGUAAUACAACAUAAUGUGAACAGCUGCAGCUGCUCUAUGUACAGACGAAUAGCACAUGGAAUCGAUGAAUUGUAAAAAUGGAACAUGAAUAAUAAUAAAAAAUCCAAAUUUAUUU